GCGGGAGGGCCACGUGACGGGAGCGCGGGCUUUGGAAGGCGCCGGCGGCCGCCGUCUCGGAGCUGAGGAGGGGUGAGAGCGCGCGCGCAGCCCCGCGACCCUAACGGACGUCUCGGUGCCCCCGACCGGCCAUGGGGAUCCACGGCCUGGCCAAGCUGAUCGCCGACGUGGCGCCCGGCGCCAUCCGGGAGAACGACAUCAAGAGCUACUUUGGGCGGAAGGUGGCCGUGGACGCUUCCAUGAGCAUCUACCAGUUCCUGAUCGCCGUGCGGCAGGGCGGUGACGUGCUCCAGAACGAGGAGGGCGAGGCCACCAGCCACCUGGUGGGCAUGUUCUACCGCACCAUCCGCAUGGUGGAGAACGGCAUCAAGCCCGUGUACGUCUUCGACGGCAAGCCGCCCCAGCUGAAGUCGGGCGAGCUGGCCAGGCGCGGCGAGCGGAGGGCCGAGGCCGAGAGGCAGCUGCAGCGGGCGCAGGAGGCGGGCGCCGAGCAGGAGGCGGAGAAGUUCGCCAAGCGGCUGGUGAAGGUCACCGAGCGGCACGGCGAGGAGUGCAGGCGGCUGCUGCGCCUCAUGGGCAUCCCCUACCUGGAGGCGCCCGGCGAGGCCGAGGCCAGCUGCGCCGCCCUGGUGAAGGCCGGCAAGGUCUACGCCGCCGCCACCGAGGACAUGGACUGCCUGACCUUCGGCAGCCCCGUGCUCAUGCGGCACCUGACCGCCAGCGAGGCCAAGAAGCUGCCCAUCCAGGAGUUCCGCCUCGGCCGCGUGCUGCAGGAGCUGGGCCUCACCCAGGAGCAGUUUGUGGACCUGUGCAUCCUGCUGGGCAGCGACUACUGCGAGAGCAUCCGCGGCAUCGGGCCCAAGCGCGCCGUGGACCUCAUCCGGCAGCACAAGAGCAUCGAGGAGAUCGUGCGGCGGCUGGACCCCAGCAAGUACCCGGUGCCCGACGACUGGCCGCACAAGGAGGCCCAGCGCCUCUUCCUGGAGCCCGACGUGCUGGACCCCGACGCCGUGGAGCUCCGCUGGGGCGAGCCCGACGAGGAGGGCCUGGUCCGGUUCAUGUGCGGCGAGAAGCAGUUCAACGAGGAGCGCGUCCGCGGCGGGGUCAGGCGGCUGAGCAAGAGCCGCCGGGGCAGCACGCAGGGCCGGCUGGACGACUUCUUCAAGGUCACGGGCUGUCUCACGUCGGCCAAGCGCAAGGGGCCGGAGCCCAAGGGGGCUGUCAAGAAGAAAGCGAAGCUCAAGAAGGGGAAAUAAAGCCCUGCUCUCCUCCUCC